UCCCGGCAUGCUCACUGGAAGUCCAAUUAUUGCUAAUGGCGGGUAUUGUACAAAACACGAAGAUUUUACGCUAUUGUUUGUUAUCCGGUUGUGUUAUUCUGCUGUAGCGAUUUUCAAAUUAUAGUCGCUUGUUUUCUGACUUAUUUUCGAGUAUAAAGACAACGACGGAACCAAAAAACAGCGCCAGAGGAGUUUGCCACUGUUAUCUUUAUCAUCAUCAUGUGUGGUAACUAAAGUGUCAAAGUGAAACAGGACAGGAAGACGGCGUGCAUUUGAGUUGAGCAUUAGCUAACCUGCUGGCUAUGCUAACUCACAGAAACGUCUGUUAUACUGCUCCGAUAUCAACCCUAACUUUUAAAAUAUUAAACUUGAUGAGACAAAGAAAGUUAAGCUCGUAAAUAGACUCUAUAUCCCAUUCAUUCGACCCUUCCCUUGGCUCAUAAUAAAUCUCCGGAGUCGGAAAUGAGUCUGGUAAAAUUUUUAGUGUUAUUUUUUAUAACCGUCACACGGGUCUACGGUUCGUCGAAAUUAAAUAUUCCCAAAGUUUUGCUACCACUUGCGAGAAGCACGAAAAUUAACUUCACACUGGAAACGACUGAAGGCUGCUACAGAUGGUCUUCCACUAGACCUGAGGUUGCAAGCAUCCAGCCUGUGGAAGAGGAUGCUGACAGAGGCUGCUCUCAGAAGGCUGUCCUGCAGGCUCUGUCCACCCAGCCCACCAGACUGACCAGCAUCAUUUUUGCUGAAGAUGUUGUCUCUGGACAGGUGCUCCGCUGCGACGCCAUCGUUGACAUCAUCAGUGAGAUCCAGAUCGUCUCUACCACCAGAGAGCUGCAUCUUGAAGACUCUCCACUGGCACUCAGAAUUCAUGCACUGGAUUCAGAAGGAAAUACCUUCUCUACCCUUGCCGGUUUGGUGUUUGACUGGACCUUAGUGAAAGAUGUAGAUGUGAAUGGAUUCACAGACUCCUACAAUUCAUUACGGGUGCUUAAAUUCUCAGAGUCCACAUACACUCCUCCUGGAUACAUAUCUGAAAUGGAGCGAGUGGGCAAACAAGGCGACAUCAUUCUGGUGUCGGGUCUGAAAACAGGACAUGCUAAGCUAAAGGCCAAAAUACAAGAGUCUCUGUAUAAGGAUGUGGGUGCUGCUGAAGUGAGACUGCUGAUUUUAGAGAACAUCCUGCUGAGCCCUGCACACGAUGUCUACUUAAUGGCAGGAACUUCCAUCAGAUACAGAGUCCUCAAGAUAAGACAAGGCACUAUCACAGAGCUCACAAUGCCUUGUGAUCAGUAUGAACUACACCUUAGAAACAGUGUGGUUGAUCCCAAUGGAGACCCAGGAGUCAGUGUGGCCUCUCUUGAUCGGAGUACCUCCAAAGUUACAGGAGUUCAAAUGGGACACAUCAAUGUGGUGUUGGAUCACAAGAGCCUUCGAAUGCAAGGAGUGUCUCGCCUCCCCAACAGCACGCUCUACGUUGUUGAGCCAGCCUACCUCGGUUUUAAAAUUCAUCCAGGAGAAAGCUGGGUUCUUGAAACAGGCAGAGUGUACAACAUUCUUAUUGAAGUGUUUGAUAAGUCUGGGAACAAAAUCUACCUCUCUGACAAUGUCCGUAUAAGCACUGUUUUUCCUAAAGAGUAUUUUGAGGUCCUGGAGUCCUCUGUGAAUGGAUCAUAUCAUCAUGUCAGACCUCUCAAAGAUGGUCUUACUCUUAUUGAUGCUACCCUAACAGCUGUUGAAGAUGAAAAUGGAAAAGUCCAUGCACUCGUCAACCCGGUGCACAAUGAACAGGAUGUGGAAAUUUAUAACCCUAUAGUCCUCACUCCCAGUAUUCUCACAUUUCCAUGGCAACCAAAAGUUGGAGCAUAUCAGUACACAAUAAAGGCAACUGGUGGAAGUGGAAAUUUCAGCUGGACUUCAUCAAAUACAGAUGUGGCCACAGUGACUGUGAAAGGAGCGAUGACCACAGUCAGUGACAUUGGUGUCACUGUAAUUUAUGCUCAUGAUCUACGUAACCCACAUCACUUCGGACAGAUGAAGGUAUAUGUUGUUGAGCCUGUUGCCAUGGACUUUGCUCCAUGUCCAGUAGAAGCCCGCCUGGGCCAAGAUCUGGAACUGCCCCUUCGGAUCUUUGGGUUGCUGGAGGAGUUGGAGAUGGAGCGAGUCAUGUUGAGUGACUGCUCCCACUUUGAUCUACUGGUCGAGGAGGAGAACCAAGGAGUGUUUGAACUGUUAGAAGGGAGGCUGGCUCCUAGCCAGAAGCACUGCAGUGGAGUGCAAGCCAAGGCCCUGACUCCUGGCUACACGGUGCUUACUGUCAGCUACACUCAUGGCAAUGUGCAUCUCAGUGCCAAGAUCACUAUUGCUGCCUACCUCCCUCUUAGAGCGAUUGACCCUGUGUCGGUGGCUGUAGUCACACUUGGAUCUUCCAAAGACAUGUUGUUUGAGGGAGGACCACGUCCUUGGGUUUUAGAGCCCUCAAAGUUUUUCUGUUUUUCACGAGCGGAGGAUGAGAGCAGCGUGAGCCUCAAUCUGAUUAGUCCUUCCUGUCAGAACUAUAAUCGUCACUGGCUUAGAGCAACCUGCAGGGUGCUGGGAGAACAGGUGUUAGAGAUCACGGUGGGGAACAAGGCCACUGUGACCAAUCCAUUUCCAGCUGUGGAGCCGGCAGUGGUCAAGUUUGUUUGUGCACUUCCAUCACGGCUCACACUGGUUCCAGUUUAUACCAGUCCACAGCUGGACUUAGCCUGCCCUCUGAUGCAGCAGAAUAAACAAGUGGUGCCUGUUUCAAAUUAUCGGAACCCGGUGUUGGACUUGGCAGCUUUUGAUCAGCAAGGAAGGAAAUUCGACAACUUUAGCUCUUUAGACAUUUUGUGGGAGUCAUCAAAGGGGUCCCUGGCUAGUAUUGAGCCCACUAUGCCCAUGGACCUUCAACUGUUUGAAGACAGCAAAAAACAGAUGAAACUACAUGGACGUCAGACAGUUCUUGUCCAUCAACAGACAGGAAUUGCUGCCAUUACUGUGACAGCUGUUGGAUACCAGGUUCCACAUCUACAAGCUGCCAAAGUUCCCAGACCUUAUGAACCUUUGACACCUGUCUCUGCCACACUGGAGCUUCUGUUGGUUGAAGAUGUGAAGGUUUUUCCUGAGAGAGUGACUAUUUAUAACCACCCAGAUGUGCGGUUGGAUCUGACUAUGCAAGAAGGUUCAGGGCACUUUUUUAUGAACACCAGCGUGAAGGGGAUUGUGGAUGUCGUGCUCCAAGAGGCGCUAGGCGAAGCUCGGGUUUCUCCAGUCCGUACAGGGACAGUUUCUGUAAUGGUUCACGAUCUUUGUCUGGCUUUCCCAGCACCUGCCAAAUCAAUAGUUCAUGUUUCUGACAUCCUGGAGGUUAAUGUCAGAGUAGUUGACAAGGUGCAGAUUGGCAAAUUUGUUAAAGCUUAUGUCAGAGUGUUGGAUGAUAACAGGAAGCCCUUCUCAGCCAGCUAUUUCCAAUCCAUGAAAUUGAAACUCAAGGCAGCGUCUGUAAUAGUUUCUCUGACUCCUUUAGCAGAGCUGACAGAAAGUGACACGGCAGUGUUCCGGGUGAAAGGACUCUCCAUCGGUCAGACCACCCUGUCAGCUGUUGUUGUGGAUAAAAACGGGAGAAAAAUAGCCUCAGCACCACAGCAAAUUGAGGUGUUUCCACCUUUCAAGCUUAUUCCCAGGAAAAUGACUCUGUUAAUUGGGGCAAUGAUGCAGAUCACAUCUGAGGGUGGUCCUCAACCCCAAUCCAACAUCCUGUUUUCCAUUUCUGAUGAGGAAAUAGCUUCUGUUAAUGCUGUGGGCCACGUUAGGGGAGUCUCUGUUGGGAAUGUUACAGUGACAGGAUUGGUCCAAGCUGUUGAUGCUGAGACUGGGAAGCUUGUGGUCAUAUCUCAGGAUCAAGUAGAGGUUGAAGUUGUUAUUCUGUCGGCCAUUCGAAUCAGAGCACCAGUUACAAGAAUAAAGACUGGAGCACAGAUGCCAGUAUAUGUGAUGGGGCUGACCAAUAGCCAGACGCCCUUCUCCUUUGGCAGUGUUGUACCUAGUCUCACUUUUUCUUGGUCUACCACUAAGAGAGACAUUCUGGAUGUCCACUCCAGGCACAUUGAGGCUAAUGUUGAACUUCAGCCAGAGCAUAAUUUUGGCAUGACAGUGACAGGGAGAACAAGAGGCCGGACCGGGCUGAAGGUGGUUCUCAGAGUUUCUGACCCAAAUGCUCAGCAGCUAGAGGGAAAUGUUCUGGAGCUCAAAGAUGAGAUCCAGAUCCAGGUCUAUGACAAGCUGCACGUGCUUCAUCCUCAAGUAGAAGCUGAGGAGAUCCUGAUGGCUCCAAACUCUGCCCUCAAGCUUCAGACUAACAGGGAUGGUGUGGGUGUGCUCUCCUACCGGAUGCUGGAUUGCCCUGACCAGCUUGUUGUUGCUCAAGUUGACAAUAAGGGCCUCCUCUCAUCUGGUUCUCUCACUGGGAUGUGUUCUCUGCUGGUCACCUCACAGGAGAUUUUCGGUGUCAAUCAAACUCUCAUCCUCACUGUGAAGGUGGUUCCUGUGUCCUACGUCCGCUUCAGUGCCAGUCCGGUGCUGAACACGCUCGCUAGAGAGGGCCUGGGCGCCUUUCCUCUGGGAAUCCUGCUCACCUUCACUGUCCACUUUCAUGCUAGCACUGGAGAGGCCAUGCACAGCUCAAACUCCCAGCUUACAUUUUCUACAAACAGGGAUGAUCUGGUCCAGCUGGGAGUCGGCCCCACUAACCACUCAGUGACAGUGAGAACAGUCAAUGUAGGUCUCACACUUCUGGCACUGUGGGAUAAUGAAAACAUGGGCGUGGCGGACUACGUUCCACUUCCUGUUGAUCAUGCUAUUCAUAUGGAUGAAGCCAAUAAGCUGGUUGUGGGUGAUGUGGUCUGCUUCCAAGCCAAGUUAACAAACCCAGAUGGAGCUCCUGGCACAUGGAGUUCCUCUGCAGACGGUAUUCUCCAGGUGGACCCUAAAAGCGGGGCAGCUGUAGCCAGAGACUCUGGCGUAGUGACUGUGUUCUACGAGAUAUCUGGUAUUUUGAAAACCUACAGAGAGGUAAUUGUGGAAGCGCCUACUACAACAACCGCUAUGACUCAACCUUCACCCGUCCGGUCUGGAAAGGAGACAAAAGUUCUGCUUACUACCAGAGAGAGAGGAACCAACCUCAUCGGAACCUGUUUGCCUACCCAGAUAGCAGCUAUUGCAAAACUUGAGCCAGAAAAAUCUGUCAGCUGCCUUCUCAGCUUCACCAGCGACACUAUCGACUUCUCUCCCAACGAUGUGUUCAAAACACACACGCGCUUUGACUCCAGUAUUGGUCUGUACACAUGCACAAUGACCCUGCAGCCCACGACUAAUCAACAGACCCGUUUACUUAGCGUGUCCAUGACCAACCUGCUGGUGAAGGCUGGCCUAGUCGGCAGCAUUUUCACCGGAGAGCAGGUCAGCACCCAGCUGCCCAUCGAGCCGGGGCUUUACUCAGACCAGACUGAGCUGCUGCUCUCCAACCUGCACCCGUCUGCUGAGUUCACAGUUUACGGCCCCCCCGCUGUUCUGUCCACCAUCGAGGUGACGUCCACUUCUCCCAGUCUUGUCGUCUACGAGAAGGAGGUCCAGCAAGGAUUCCCCAGUUAUACGAAGUACAUUGUUAACGCUGUGGACCCGCAUUCAGCAGUUUCAGCUUCUGUCGACAUAAGCAGUGCUUCUUCUGGACAGAGUUUGGUCAUCCCUGUCAGUUUUAUUCAUGUUAAUGAUCCCAACGCUGCCAAGCAAGCGGCUCCUCCUAGUUUCAUAGAGGAUAACAACUCCUUCCACAGCUUCAUAAACUGCUACCAGAUGAUGUUCUGCACCUUGUUCGCCCUGCUGGCGGGCACAGCUAUCAUCAUCAUUGUCCUGCACUCUUUGUUGUCUCCAAAGGAACAGUCGUAUCACCCGGCUUUCAUCCAGCGAACACCGCCACCCCUCACUGGUCUCGACUCGCCCGCAGCAAAUUCUUUCAACCGCAUGAUGCCGAGAGUUAGUCCAAACAGCACGUACAGAUCGCAGCUCUAUUCUCCAGAUUACAAGUCCUGAUUGGGCGCCGUAUUUACGUCCUCUUCGACACGACACCUCGGGUCAUUAAUAUAUGAAAAAUGUGCCUCUAACCCUCAGCAGGAAAGCUGUGGGAAGAUCUGCCUUCAAAUGUUGGUACAGAAACUUAAAAAAAAGAAUAUAUCAUUUAAAAUUAAUGCAGAAUGAUUGCAAGGCUCUGUCUUUUUCUUGGUAUGUUUUCUGUGAAGUGUGAUGUGGUGGUUGUAUAUGAAGAGCUGGUGGUGUAGAAAUAAUACACACCGUGCUGUUUUGUUGUGUUUUGCCUCUUCGUUAACGACUGAAGUAUUUGCAAAAUGCUCGAACACCAAAUCAUUUGUUUGAGCUUGAAAAAAUAUAUAUUGUGUUUGCCAUUAACUUGUGUGCCGCUUAUAUUUGACACGUGAAGGUCAAUAACUCAGGGAAACAACCCUAUCCAUUUUCAAGUAACAAGCUGACUUGAUAUUUUCCAAGAACAAAAUGACCUCGGUUGGUUGUAGCUUUGAUAACCGUCGUUCACUGAAUCCGUCCUGAAAGGUGCCGAACCCUCCAAAUGUGUUGAACACCAACUAAGUUGGUCUAAUUUCUGUCUUGGGCAUUUUUAAUUAUUAUUUAACUGUUCUGAUGUUUGAGCCACAAUGAAUGCAGCUCUUAAUUUUUUUUUUUGUUUAAUGUGCAACAGUUGCAAAUGUGAAGCAUCAUUCAUUUAUCUGAAGUAGAUGUGUCUUUAUAAAAGCACUCACAUGUGAUAUGGCCUCAUGUUGGAAAAAACAAAUGUUUUUUUCCCCAGCAUUUCAAGAACAACGACUUGCGGCACUGUUGAAAUGCUGAUUCAUUAAAAUGUGACUUGGUUUUUAUGUGACAUAUUUUGGCAUUUGAUUAUUAUUGGCAAAAGAUUAUAUUUAUGUUUUCUUAUAUCUGAUUGAUGUUAUGCCUUACAUAUAACUCUGAACAGCUUUUUGGCACAUGGUUGAAAUUAGCUUGUUUGCUUGUGUGAGAAUGUGCUUGUUUUUGCUAAUUAAAGAUUUUACUUUUUA